CCGGAGCUGCUUGGGCCCUCCCUGCGGCCGCUGGAAGCCGCGAGCAGCGCGGGGCCAGCUUCUUGGCCAGACGCUGCUGAUUAAAGCCGGCGUGUUGGGCCGAGCACAGUCAGUCCCGCUCAGCUCAGUGCUCGGCAUGGCGCUGCGGGGAGCCUGCCUGCUGCUCUGCCUCGUCUCCCUCGCCCACAUCUCCGUCCAGCAGAACGGCAAGGGCAGGCAGAAGCCGGCGGCCUCCAAGAAAGAUGGUGUGAGUCUCAAAAUGAUUGAAGACCUGAAGGCCAUGAUUGACAACAUCUCUCAGGAGGUUGCUCUACUGAAGGAAAAGCAAGCACUUCAGACAGUCUGCCUGAAAGGCACCAAAAUUCACCUGAAGUGCUUCCUGGCGUUCUCUGAGAGCAAGACAUAUCACGAAGCCAGCGAGCACUGCAUCUCGCAGGGCGGCACGCUGGGCACGCCGCAGGGUGGAGAGGAGAACGACGCGCUCUAUGACUACAUGCGCAAGAGCAUCGGGAACGAGGCAGAGAUCUGGCUGGGCCUCAACGACAUGGCAGCCGAGGGCAAGUGGGUUGACAUGACGGGUGGCCCCAUCCGCUACAAGAACUGGGAGACCGAGAUCACCACACAGCCCGAUGGCGGCAAGCUGGAAAACUGCGCGGCCUUGUCAGGGGUGGCGGUGGGCAAGUGGUUUGACAAGCGGUGCAAGGAGCAGCUGCCCUACGUCUGCCAGUUCAUGAUCGUGUAGCGGGGCUCUGUAGAGCUGUAGGAUGGCUACCUGCACGCCCACACACCCACACGCACCUCCACGUAGCGCCGCGACCGAGGCAGCCGCCAUGGCCUGGUAUCAGGUCGGAGCUGCGCUGCCUUUCACUCGGCUGCAUCCAGCCCCAUUUGCAUCCCUCUCCCUAUGGCAUGAUGUAUAGAUAUAUUUUUGUACACGGGGAACUGAUGAGGUGGUUUCGAUGAAGACCCGGUGUGACAGCCCAGGCUCAUCAACAGCCACGUGAGCUGCCAGGGCUGUCUUUCCGCAGCCUCUGUUGCCACUUUGCUGAACCUUGCUGGGACACGGCAAUGCCAGUCUGUGCCUUCUCCUCCGGCCUCGCUCCCCUGCAGGCCCUGGCACAGGGAUCAGGGUCCUGUCUCAGAGAGCAGUGCGUGUUAUUUCUGCUUUGUGCUCAGAUCCAUUGGCCUUGUACCCAAGCACUGUUGGAACUGUUGGCCCAGUGUCACGCUGCUCAAGGGGCUGGCAUGCUGAGAGGAAAAGUGUCUUUCUCACAAGCAUUCCCCUUUUUUUGAUCCUUUUCUCAUCAGUCAGAAGAAAGUGCUUCAUUUAUCUCAGUGAGGGAGCUAGCCCCAGCGUCACAUCUUUCAAAAUUCCUGCCAUAAGCUUUAUUUAUCCUCCUGCCCCACACAGGAAGCAAUGAUUACUUGCAGCAUACUCAGUCAAAGAUAUUCUUGGGAGCAGAAGGUGAAGGUACUAGGUAAACAAAAAAUCUGCAACGCUAUCAGGUAAUACGCUGCUCUAUAGAAGGCAACUAGCUACCAAAAGUAAACCCUCAACAAGUCUGACUUUAGCCACUUUAGGAGUUUUAGGACCUGUAUUAGUGAUGAAUUACUCCAGUCCUUUUUGGUCAAGGCCCAGUCCUCAGCAAACACAAAUGUGCUGAGUAUCACAUGCAGUGGUAAAGAUGAAGACCUGGCCUUGGUAACUUUCUGCUGAGAAAAGGGUUGAAAAAAUUGAAAUAUAAAUUGGCAUCAUGGGAAGGCAAUCACAGUCUUGCUGACACUGAUUUGCUGACUUCUGGCCAAAGCAUACCAGUGGCUCUUUGAUGCCCAGUGCUUGGUACCAGCCCAGUUCUUUGGAUUACACAUCCCUAGCAUGGCUAGGCAGAGGGCAGCCUGAUGGGAAUCAUAUGUUCAUGGGGAGCCCUUAGGAGAAGUGUUUCCAUUUGCUGCUUUGCCUAAAACCAGCAUGGUGAUGGGGCUUCUAGGAUGUCAUGUGGGAGAGCCAAGCUGCAGGGGUCAAAACACACACACACACAGUGCAUACUUCCCAGGCUGUCAUUAUUGCCAAACUUUCUGCUGUUCAGAUGAAUACAAAAUAAAAAUAUAUAUAGCUUGCUGAAGGAAUGGA